AUGUCCAAGUGCCUAGCCGAGGACCGGGCGACCACCAGCAUCGCCCUCGGUUUCCACGUCUUCGGCGUCCAGAUUCAAAAUCCGGGCGAGACCGACGGGUUCUGGUGCCCGCCAGGGCUGACGUCAGGCAGGACCAGGCUGGAGCGAUUCGACUUGCAGAAUUCGGCCUGCGACGAUAAGAAGCCCGAUUGUGCCUUCGCGCCCGCCGUCUACGGUGGGCCGAAUGGCGUCCUGGCGCAGCUGCUGGAGCCAAGGCGUGGUUUGAGGACCAGGCGUACGAGAUCGAUUCUGCUGCAGUCUGGGAAGUCCUCAGGGAUGCAGAUGAAGCUCGUGGAUUUUGCUCAUGUCGCGGAGGGAGAUGGGAGUCGUCGGUGA